CUUUGGAUGCUCUCCCUGCGCUCCUGGAUGUUCGCAGCCCUCCUGACGGCGGACUCGUUCUGGUGGUGGACGAGGCGGGAAAGCUUGUCCAGAUGCCGCUCUUCCUCCAUGUCCGAAUCCAAGAGCCCCCCGCCCAUGACCAUGACAACGCAACCCUAGCUCGAAGCUCUAGGGUUUAUGAGAUGAAGCUCGUGAGCAUCAAGAGCUUGGCCAACGCGCACGGCGAUGGAGUGUGGGCGGUGGCGUGGGCAGCAGCAACCGGCGAUCGUCCAGCAGUGCUGCUCACGGGGUCGGCGGACGAGAGCGUCAAGGUGUGGAAGGGCGACGAGCUGGAGCUGGAGCGGACCAACAGCGGCAACUCGCUAGGUGUGGUGGCGGUGGCGGCGAGCCCAGAUGGGAGGGUGGCGGCAUGCACGUCCCUGGACAGUGUGGUGCGCAUCUUCGACGUGGACUCCAACAGCACGCUGGCGACGCUGGAGAGCAAGCCCGCCGAGGCGUGGCAAAUGCAGUUCCAUCCCAAGGGGGAGCUGCUGGCGGUGGCUGGCGGAGGGAGCGGCUGCGUCAACAUCUGGAAGGCGAGCAGCGGGAGCCGGGAGACGAGCCUCAAGGCGGAGAGCGUGGACAAGGUCGGGGGUGGCAAGUUCGUGCUGUCGGUUGCAUGGAGCCCGGAUGGCAAGCUGCUGGCGUGCAGCUCCAUGGACGGCACCAUCGCCGUGUUCGACGUGGCCCGGGGCAAGAUGCUGCACACGCUCGACGGCCACUCGAUGCCGGUGCGCUGCCUCGCCUUCUCGCCGGUGGAGCCGCGCUACCUCUUCACCGCCUGCGACGACAAGCACGUCCACAUGUAUGAUGCCGAGGGGCGGAGCCUGGUGAGCGCCAUGUCGGGCCACGCGAGCUGGGUGCUGAGCGUGGCGGGGAGCCCAGACGGCGCCGCGCUCGCCUCCGCCUCGAGCGACCGGACGGUCCGCCUCUGGGACCUCAAGACGAGGAGCUGCGUUCAGAGCCUGACGGAGCACAAAGAUCAGGUGUGGGGCGUUGCCUUCCGCCCCGGCAGGCUGGCCACCGUCGCGGACGACCGGAGCAUUUGCCUCUACGACUACGCCUGACGUGGAGUAUACCGUGGAGACAUGGAGGACGGGACGGGGCGGCGCGGACGAGAGAGGAGACUGUCUCAAAGCAACACAAAAUGGCAAACUAGACAUUUUAAGUGGCAUAUGAGUCAUGAGCACAAGGAACAGUGGGCAUUACAGGGAGGCUCUGCCACAUUGCACAUGCCUCCUCUUAUUCUUGUCCCGCCAUCUAUUCAUCACAUUACACUUCCUAUGGUAUA